UCAGAGCCUAGUUCGUUGAUAGGGUGGAUUGAGAGGAAUCGGACGUUGGAUCGUUGUGGGAAUCCCUUGUGACCUGCGGAGGUGCCUUGUGUCGAAAGUCUCCUGGCGGUGUUGGGUCGGUCCCGACUGGUAGGUCAGGCAGCGAGUCCCUUUGUGAUAGGCGGUGCAAGGUUGGUAGGGAAGGAUAAGGGUUUCGGCAAACGCAACGGAAUAUCCGAUGUGCUCUCAUAUCAAGUGAACCUUAGGUUUGUUUGUGGGAGUCAAGAUGGGUGAUCGUCAUGUUGUCAAGGAGAAAUCCGAAGACAUGGAUGAAGCCGAAUACAAGAAGAUCAACAGGAAGACGAUGAGUGCGGUUCGACUAACCCUUUGGGAGAAUGUCUCGACUGAAUUUAGAUUUGAGGCAAAAGGAAAGGGUGAAGAUCAAGAAUGGUCAAAGUUGAAGCCGAAGAAUAAGGACAAGGAAGAUGCAAGUCAGGUGGUAUAUUGGAACUGCAAGGGGCACUUGAAACGACAGUGCAGGGCGCCGGAGAAGGAUCAGGGUUCAGCAAACGCAACGGAGGAGAUAUCCGAUGCGCUGAUUCUGAGCGUCAGCAGUCCAAUGGAGUCAUGGAUUUUGGUCGAACGUCAUUCCACUCAUGCAGUGAUUCGAGAAUCAUGGAAUCCUAUACCACAGGUAAUUUUGGUGUUGUCUAUCUUGGAGAUGAUGAGACACUGAAAAUUGUAGGUAAAAGAAUGAUUCGAAUCAGAACACCGAAUUGUGGGGAGUGGAGAUUGGAUGAGGUAUGUUGAAGUGGAAGAUGAAAUCAGUCUUCAAGUGGGAGAUUGUUGGGAUAUGAAGCCUGAUUAUAUCCUAAAAUCUAGGGAUAUGAUUUGGAUAUUAUAUUUUAGAUUUUAGAGAUAUGAUUUGGAUAUUAUUGUCAAAGGCUUAGGCUAUAAAUAUCCAUGUAUUCUCACUUUAACAUGUGCCUGCGUACUUUAUAGUAAAAUUCCUGGCUUGGCAGCGCCCCCAGACGUAGAUCUUUGUGAUCGAACUGGGUUACCAAAUUCUUGUGUUCUUUGUCUUUGUUUUCUCAUCUUGA